UGCUUCUCCGGAUGUUGCGUCACGCAGUGGGCUAAAGGAACUGCGCGCGCACAGAUAGUAAGCGGUGGGCGGAGGGCGAGGGAGGUGUACGCGGUAGCGUUUCGCCGGCCCGGAAGGGGAAUUGCGCGCUUGAGGUGACUGGGGACUGAGCAUUUCAGAUCUGCUUGGUAAACCUGGUGCACCACCAUGCUGGCCGCAAGACUUGUGUGUCUCCGGACACUACCUUCCAGGGUUUUCCACCCAACUAUCACCAAGGCCUCCCCUGUUGUGAAGAAUUCCAUCACGAAGACUCAAUGGAUCUUAACACCCAGCAGGGAAUAUGCCACCAAGACAAGAAUUGGGAUCCGACGUGGGAAAACUGGCCAAGAACUCAAGGAAGCAGCUUUGGAACCAUCAGUAGAAAAAAUAUUUAAAAUUGAUCAGAUGGGAAGAUGGUUUGUUGCUGGAGGGGCUGCUGUUGGUCUUGGAGCAUUGUGCUACUAUGGCUUGGGAAUGUCUAACGAGAUUGGAGCUAUUGAAAAGGCUGUAAUUUGGCCUCAGUAUGUGAAGGACAGAAUUCAUUCUACCUAUAUGUACUUAGCAGGAAGUAUUGGUUUAACAGCUUUGUCAGCCGUGGCAAUGAGCAGAACUCCUGCUGUCAUGAACUUCAUGAUGAGAGGCUCUUGGGUGACAAUUGGUGCAACCUUUGCAGCCAUGAUUGGAGCUGGAAUGCUGGUACAGUCGAUACCAUAUGACCAGAGCCCAGGCCCAAAGCAUCUGGCUUGGUUACUACAUUCUGGUGUGAUGGGUGCCGUGGUGGCUCCUCUGACGAUAUUAGGGGGGCCUCUUCUCAUCAGAGCUGCAUGGUACACGGCUGGCAUUGUGGGAGGCCUCUCCACUGUGGCCAUGUGUGCGCCCAGUGAGAAGUUUCUGAACAUGGGAGCACCGCUGGGCGUCGGCCUGGGUCUCGUCUUUGUAUCCUCAGUGGGAUCUAUGUUUCUUCCACCUACCACGGUGGCUGGUGCCACACUGUACUCAGUGGCCAUUUAUGGUGGAUUAGUUCUUUUCAGCAUGUUUCUUCUGUAUGAUACACAGAAAGUAAUCAAGCGUGCAGAAGUAGUACCAGCGUAUGGAAUUCAAAAAUACGAUCCCAUCAACUCGAUGCUGGGAAUCUACAUGGAUACAUUAAACAUAUUUAUGCGAGUUGCCAGUAUGCUAGCAACUGGAGGCAACAGAAAGAAGUGAAGUGACUCGGCUUCUGACAUCAGAUAUCUGGCUUGUUUAAUAGGGGCAGAUAAUUGUUAAAUAGUUUGUGCCAGCAGCUUUCGUUGAAGUGUAGAAGAUAAGAACUCAUCAACAUGUUUUCAAGUGUUUCGGUAAUGUGAUGCUUCAGGUCUGCUUUUUCUUCUGGAGAAUAAAUUCAGUAGUUCUCUUCCGAGUAAGCACACACAUUUUCAAUUCUCGUGUUUGAGUAAUUCUAAAAUGUUUCAGUGAAUGUGAAAACCAAGAUUUGUGUUGUGAGAAUUUAAGUAUUUUUAUCUACUUUUAAAUUUAUUUGGUCAAGUGAAACUGAGCAAACUUGUGUAUCUGCACUUUUUUUUUUUUUUUUUUGAAUGUGGAUUAUUAACUAGCAAUGUCAUAAGUGAUGUAGAGGUUUGGUAAAGGGACCAGAGAGGAGUAAGGGUCACCUGCAGUCUUUCCUUGACUACUUAGAACUUAGCACUUGUGUAAUUGUGGUGAGCCCGUGAGGCGGUCUGGAUGUUUGAAAACAAGUCAUCUCUGCACACCUGUAGAACUUACCAGAAACUUUGAGCAAAAAACAAAGACAUAGGUGAUUUGUUCUUCUGCUGUUCUUUCUCAGGGCUCUCCUUACAAUGUGAUGUGGUCAUGUUUGGCUUCUCAUUGUGUGACACUGUUAGGAGAGUUCAGAAUGUUAAUCACAGGGAGAAUUCCUGUUAUAGUAUGUAUGUGUAAGUAGUAUGUUUGAACCGUCUGUAACAAAAUAAUCCUUAAAACACUCAGGAUAAAAUAUUCAAAGCAUGAAAAUUGUUGCAUUUUUAAGUAUACAAACAAUAUGUACAUACUUGCUGAAUAUUUUUGCAGGUUUAUUGAAAUGUUUAAAGGAAUACAUGCUUGCCUUUCUCAUCUCUUCUAGCUUUAAAGUUUUUAUCAGAAAGCUUGUUUGAGGUUUAUAGUUGAUUAUGAAAGCAGUUUUUCCCCUCAGAUUUGGUUUUUUGUAUUCCCUUUCAGAGGGAUCACUUUAAAAAAGGAAGGCAAAGCAGGGCUUUUUUCGUGAACUAUAUCAAUCAAAAAUGAAAUGGAGUUGGGAAGGAUAUUGCUCAAGUGGUAGAGUGUGUGCCUGGCACGCACAAGGUCCUGGGCUCAAUCCCCAGUAUCUCCAUAAGAAUGAAUGAAUGAAUAAACCUAAUUACUGCCCCCCCCAAAAAAACCCACAAAAAUUUAAAAUUAAAAAAAAAAGAAAUGGAGAAAAUGCUUCAUUAAAGUUUCCCCUAGCAGAAUUUUCCUUCUCUCCUGCAUAGACCAUUACUUAACUCUCUUGUGCCACUUGUAAGUUUUUUGAUACAGAAGAGUUAUUUUUGGAAGUUCUUAUGAAUGGAGUAAGUGUAUGAUUAUUGAUAUGGUUGGUGUUUUUGACAGAUAUUUAUUAGUAAUCCAGAAAUAACUGUUCUAACCACCUCAAGUUACAUAGGAUGCUUAUUUCUGAAAUAAUAAAGGUUCCAGCCAGA